AUGAAUACGAAUAGCGAUAUUAAAAAUGACUUAAUAAACAAUUUGCCCUUCUCAUUUAGUAACAUCGAAAUUAUUAAUUAUGGAAAUUAUCGGAAAAAAAGAACUCAGAGAAAUAAGGACAGUGAUAAAGAGAUAGAAGAUGUAAACAAAAUUUUCAAAAUGAAGAGCACGGAAGAAAAGGAGAUCAAUAAUGGGGGUGUGAAGAACUCCAAACGAAUUAGCGAACAAUUAAGUGCUUAUUUGGAUAGCUGCAAAGUAGACUAUGUGAAGAACGAGGUGAAGAACGAGAUGAAGAACGAGGUGAAGAACGAGAUGAAGAACGAGAUGAAGAACGAGAUGAAGCAAAAUUCGAGUGGCAUCCCUUGUUAUUGUACGAACAGAAACUGCACAUCGUUUAAGGAAAAGUGUUUGGAGGUAGAAAAAAGAAACAAUAAUAUCUUUAACUUAAACAGAAGGAAGGACUUGUCAUCAUGUAUAAAAAGAAAACCCAAUGAAAAGGAGACAAGUAUAAAAGAUGAGAAUUGCAUAGGUGGAAUCGAACAAAUGGGAGAAUCAGUAGGAGAGUGGUGGGUGGAGGUAAAUGUAAAGGGAUCAGAAGAAGAUAUAAAGGAAGCAGAACAUACAAACAAUACUCACUACAAAUAUAUAAAGCACCGUUUCGGUAGUGGAAGAAUAAGAAGAAAAGAAACUACUGUACCAGGAAUAGAUAAACUAAAGAAUGAACAAAUGGACUAUUGCACUGAAGCACUAAAUUUUAAGUAUUUUUCUUCUUUAACUAAAAAGGUUGAUGCUUACAAUGCCGAUAACAUACAUUUUUCGAAUACAAGUGAAAGGGAUGAGGAGAAUAGCAUUUUGGGAGAAUCAUUGUUUUCGUCCUUUAACUUCAAUUAUAGCGAGCUCCAUGAUAAGGAUUGGAAGCAUCUGGUCAAAGCAGAAGAAGAGAAUACUUUCAGUGGAUUAGAAGGCGAUCCGAUUAACGUACUAGCGAAUGGUCUAAUUGACGAACAAGUAUACUGCACAACUAACGCUACAGCCAAUGAGUUGAUAAGACAAGGGGGAAACAACAUCAGGGCCCCUUUACGAAACAGUGUAUCUCCUAAUAAAGGAGGAAAAGGACGUGGUAUCGUUAAGUACAACAUAAAAGAAAGCAAAGAAGGACUAAGUCUUUCUUUUAUUUCAAAUAUAUGCGAUGAGUUAAGCACUUCUAACACGAGUACUAUGCACAAUAAAGAGGAAAAAAGGAUGUAUAAGAAAACAAAUGGACUUUUAAAAAGAUGUAAACAGAGUGAAGAUGAGAGUUCUAUUCGUUAUACAUGUACAUAUAAGAGGGGGGACAAAGAAAAUAGUCAAACAUGUAGUGAAAGAGAAUCGUGCCUAUUUGACUCCUUCAAGGAUUGCAGCGAUUACAACCACGAUAACCAUUUCAGCCAUUUCAGCCAUUUCAGGGAUCUAUAUAACAUGAAGAAUCAUAAGAAUAUAAAACUUAUAGACUACAAUAAAAUUUUGAAUAAAAGUUUGUAUAAUAAUAUUUAUGCAGAUACUGACAGAGGGAAUAGCAAUGCAAAGAGGAGGGGGAAAAACGGAAAGGAAAGAGAAAGUAAAAGCAAAAUUAGUGAUAAAAAUGAUCAUAUGAGCAUAAAUAAUAAUUUAAAUAAAGGUAAAAACGAACAUAUGAACGUAAAUAAUAAUUUAAAUAAAGGUAAAAACGAACAUAUGAACGUAAAUAAUAAUUUAAAUAAAGGUAAAAACGAACAUAUGAACGUAAAUAAUAAUUUAAAUAAAGGUAAAAAUAAUAAAUCAUUCGUAGAGACGAAUAUAUUACAGAAGAAGGUGGUUGAAAACAAUGUCAAGGAAAUUAUUAAGAAUAUAAAGAUGAGACUAGGUUUCUACUCAAAAGAGGAGGUGCAAGAGAAGGAGGAUACAGAUAAGGGAACACAUAAUGGCAAUCAUCGUAAGGAAAAACAGACUGAACAUCUGAGUGACCACGAAUACAUUAAGAAAAGUUCGAUGGUUACACAUUUUAAGGAAGAGCGAACAGGCACAGAACCUACAAACAGAAGAGAAGACGAACCAUUAUUUCUAGAUAGCUUAAAUUACUCGAGAGACGAAACGCUAAAAGAUAAGAAGAGUAUUUUGUGUGGUACUGCUGACGGAUUCGAAAAGGGAGAAAAGAAAAAUGCGAAAAAAAAAUAUAAAAAAAAGAAUACCCCCACAGCCAAUCCGAUCCUUACCGUUACCAGCAGUAACCUGAUAAACGUCAACAGUUUUGUGUCUGACGAAUUUAUGUUAUCUGGAGAUGAUACACAUUCUCACUUGGACCCACUCCAUUUAGAAGAGAAGGACGAAGAGGGCAUCCCAUAUAAUUACGAUGGCUAUUCUUCCCGAGGACAAGAUGAUGAUUGUAAUGAUAAUGAUAAUAACCUUUUUUCCCUGUCCACCUCAUUAUCCAGAUUUCGAAAAAGCUUCCUCGAUGCCUCAAGGAGUGAACAGAAAAGGCUUAAACAAGAUGAAGUAGAAAACGGAGUAGAGAACGGAGUAGAGAACAGAGUAGAGAACAGAGUAGAAAACGGAGUAGAGAACGGAGUAGAUAACGGAGUAGAUAACAGAGUAGAUAACAGAGUAGAAAACGGAGUAGAUAACAGAGUAGAUAACGGAGUAGAGAACGGAGUAGAUAACAGAGUAGAUAACAGAGUAGAUAACAGAGUAGAAAACGGAGGACACGUUGAGAUGGACUUCAAUGAAGGCAUUGACGAAAAAUGCAAAGUGAAGGAACCCCUUAGAAGCAUAAAGGAAUCUCAAAAGGACGAAAGUAGUGAGAACAAUCAAAACAGUCAAAACAAUCGAAACAACCAAAAUGCACCGUCAUAUGAGCAAGCCGCACAAGUCUCAGAUUGCGUAAGUGAAAAAGAUAAAUUUGUACAAUUGACGGAAGGGCAGGUGGAUAAAGGAAUGAUACAUAGUGAUAGUGCCGCAUGUACGGAUGAAAAUGUAAUGAGUGAUCCUACCAGUGCCGCUGCGAGUGCUAGCGUUAUCAAGGAAGUAUAUAACACAAUGAGAGAUGCAAAAGAAACGCCAAAAAAUAUUAUGUGCAUUUGUAAAGAGCUUGAAAAAUAUAAAAUGAAAAAUUUAAUUGAAAAGGUAAAAGAUGAUGAUAGUAAUAAAAACAUUUGGGAUUAUUUAGAGUACAACGAUUACCUAAACGAACUGACGGAUUUUAUAUGUAGCAAUAAUUUAGAAGCACUUGAUAAGAAUGUUGUUCUACACGAUGAUGAUAUAAACGUAGAAAAUUUCUCACACAAAAUAGAUAAUUAUAUGCAAUAUAUUUAUGAUAAUCAAAUUAAGCACCUGAACUGUCUAGUGGCAAAUAUUUUUUCGUGA